GCAGCAGCUGCCGCCGCCACCGCCUUCGCCGCCUUUGUUGCGGGCCCGCCGGGGGAGUCGGGCUGCUCCGGCUCCCGUCUCCCGGCAGAGAUGGAGUCGGCAGCCUACCCUUUCAGCAUAACCCUGAAAGAAGAGCAAGAUGAAGAAGAGAUUGAGAGCCGGAAGCUGGAAGAUCACCCCACGGACAUGCAGAAAGUUCGAAUCUGCUCCGAGGGGGGAUGGGUGCCAGCCCUGUUUGAUGAGGUGGCCAUAUACUUCUCUGAUGAGGAGUGGGACGUUCUGACGGAGCCACAGAAGGCCCUGUACCGGGAAGUCAUGAGAAUGAACUAUGAGACCGUCCUGUCCCUGGAAUUCCCAUUCCCUAAACCAGACAUGAUCACUCGGUUGGAAAGGGAGGAGGAGGCUCAGCAUGCUGAUGAGUGGCCGCUCCAUGGAGGAACCUUUACAGAGAAUGAAGAUGCUGAUGUUAAGCCCCCCGAUUGGGCUCCUGCCUCCCAGCACCCUCAUCCCCAGCCCCUUGACAGCUUUGGCCUGCGUCUCCCACGGGACCUCGCAGAGCUGCCUGAGUGGAGCGAGGGGUACCCCUUCUACAUGGCCAUGGGCUUCCCUGGGUAUGACCUCUCGGCGGAUGACCUCGCUGGCAAGUUCAGCCGGGGCAUGCGGCGCAGCUACGACGCGGGCUUCAAGUUGAUGGUGGUGGAGUAUGCUGAGAGCACCAACAACUGCCAGGCCGCCAAGCAGUUCGGGGUGUUGGAGAAGAACGUGCGGGACUGGCGCAAGGUGAAACCACAGCUCCAGAACGCCCACGCCAUGCGGCGUGCCUUCCGGGGCCCCAAGAACGGCAGGUUUGCCCUGGUGGACCAGCGUGUGGCCGAGUACGUCCGCUACAUGCAGGCCAAAGGGGAUCCCAUCACCAGGGAGGCGAUGCAGCUGAAGGCUCUGGAGAUUGCCCAGGAGAUGAACAUUCCCGAGAAAGGCUUCAAGGCGAGCUUGGGCUGGUGCCGGAGGAUGAUGCGGAGGUAUGAUCUGUCUCUGAGGCACAAGGUACCCGUGCCCCAGCACCUGCCCGAAGACCUCACGGAGAAGCUGGUCACCUACCAGCGAAGCGUGCUGGCCCUGCGCAGGACGCACGACUACCAGGUGGCUCAGAUGGGGAACGCUGAUGAGACGCCCAUCUGCCUGGAGGUGCCGUCACGGGUGACCGUGGACAAUCAGGGCGAGAAACCCGUGCUGGUCAAGACGCCAGGGCGGGAGAAGCUCAAGAUCACGGCCAUGCUUGGCGUCCUGGCCGACGGUAGGAAGCUGCCACCCUACAUCAUCCUGAGGGGUACCUACAUCCCCCCCGGGAAGUUCCCCAGUGGGAUGGAGAUCCGCUGCCACCGUUAUGGGUGGAUGACCGAGGACUUGAUGCAGGACUGGCUGGAAGUGGUGUGGAGACGGAGGACGGGUGCCGUGCCCAAGCAGCGGGGCAUGCUGAUCCUCAACGGCUUCCGGGGCCAUGCCACCGACUCCGUGAAGAGCUCCAUGGAGAGCAUGAACACCGACAUGGUCAUCAUCCCCGGGGGCCUCACCUCGCAGCUGCAGGUGCUGGACGUGGUGGUCUACAAGCCGUUGAAUGACAGCGUGCGGGCCCAGUACUCCAACUGGCUGCUGGCAGGGAACCUGGCGCUCAGCCCCACUGGCAACGCCAAGAAACCACCCCUGGGCCUCUUCCUGGAGUGGGUCAUGGUGGCAUGGAACAGCAUCUCGAGCGAAGCCAUUGUCCAGGGGUUCAAGAAGUGCCACAUCUCCAGCAACCUGGAGGAGGAAGAUGACGUCCUAUGGGAGAUCGAGAGCGAGCUGCCUGGCGGAGGAGAAGCACCCAAAGAGUGUGACCCGGAACACGUGACUGUGGGCAACUGAAGGAAAAGCCCAGCGAAUGGAGCUGAUUGAAAAAAAAAAAGUUCAGGAGGCUGGAAUCCUCAAGAAGAUUAUUCCUGAAGGUGUGGAUGACCAGAGAAUGGCAGGAAACGGCGGC